UGUCAAACUUGACCAGUUCUCCACUGAAACGGCUGUUUUUACUUCAGAAUCUUGCUGCCUCGUCUUCGGAAAAAAAGAAGCUUUUUAUUUCAUAGGACAACGGGGGUGUCUUCCCUCGUUCCUGAGUCACUCUUGUGUGGAAUGGGGUGUUUUAGAAAUGGUGGUAUUACAGACGACGAAAAGAAACAACGCAACGCCAACAAAAAAAUUGAAAGGCAGUUGCGAGAGGAUAAAAUUGCAUACAGAGCGACGCACCGACUACUUCUACUCGGGGCUGGUGAGUCAGGAAAAAGCACCAUCGUCAAACAGAUGAGGAUUCUUCACGACGCUCAUGGUUUUACAGAACAGGAAAAAAGGCAAAAAAUAGAAGAUAUAAAGAAGAAUAUUAGAGAUGCAAUAUUGACCAUAACAGGAGCCAUGAGUACGCUAACUCCACCGGUAAAGCUUGCCAAUCCUAAUAACCAGUUUCGUUACGAUUACAUACAUGAAGUGGCCACAGCUCCUGAUUUCGACUAUCCACAGGAAUUUUACGAUCAUACAAAAAUUUUAUGGCAAGACCAGGGAGUACAAGAGUGCUUCGAGAGAUCCAAUGAGUACCAACUUAUAGACUGUGCCCAAUACUUUCUUGACAGGGUUGAAACUAUCAGACAAAAAGAAUACCUCCCAUCUGAGCAGGACUUGCUACGAUGUCGUGUCUUGACAUCUGGGAUUAUUGAAACAAGAUUUGAAGUAGACAGGGUUAAGUUUCACAUGUUUGAUGUAGGAGGCCAGAGAGAUGAAAGAAGAAAAUGGAUACAGUGUUUUAACGAUGUAACAGCAAUAAUAUUUGUGGUCGCAUGCAGUAGUUACAAUUUGGUACUAAGAGAAGAUUCUACUCAGAAUCGGUUGAAGGAGUCACUUGAAUUGUUCAGAAGUAUUUGGAAUAACAGAUGGCUGAGGACCAUUUCUGUAAUUUUAUUUUUAAACAAGCAAGACUUGUUAAAAGAAAAGGUGCGGGCUGGGAAAUCCUUGAUAAAAGACUACUUCCCUGAUUUUGAACGGUACAGGACACCUCCAGAUGCCACGGCAGAGCCAGGUGACGAGGAGGCUGUUACAAGAGCAAAAUAUUUUAUUCGGGAUGAAUUCCUUCGGAUCAGCACAGCGAGCGGAGACGGCAAACACUACUGUUAUCCACACUUCACGUGUGCUGUUGACACAGAAAACAUAAGACGGGUGUUUAAUGACUGCAGAGACAUAAUUCAGAGAAUGCACCUUCGACAGUACGAGCUCCUGUGAUAGCAACAUCACCCGUCACUUCAACCUGAUAUCGUCGUCUCACAACAUCUCUGGGCUUACCUGGCGCGGAUCGAUGUUGUAAUAUGCUGAUAACAAGGGCAGUAUUUUGUGUAAUAAGUCCAUGAAGAUGGUGGCCUUGGUGUAUAUAUGAUAGUGUAUAUGUAUGUCAAUGAUAUAAAGCGCUGUGGUCAUUCAAGACAUGAUGCACACACCAAGUCCUGGAGAAGUAACGGACACCUCCCCUCCCCUCCCCCCCAAAAAUGAUUCUCAGAUCCAGGUACGAACUGAACGAACAAAGGAAACAGCAAAAAUUGAUGGGGAUUAUUCGCUAUAUAUUUAUCAAUAUCAUUAACUAGAUUUCUAUAUUCCCAUGAAUUUUUGUUGUCCUUUUUUUCUCUCGUCACCUGGUCUUUGAUAAGCCUUAAGUUAUUAGACAAAAAGCGGUGCCCCCUCAUUUCGACAGAUUCAGAAGAGCCAAAUAAGAAAUUGUACACUGAUUUUCCAAAGAAUUUGGCUGCUAAGGUGGUCCUUCACUUCUCUUUGACUUUGUUUCUUUCAACUGGGGGGAAUCUUCAAAACCUAGUGUGUACUUAACAGAAAUUUGGAGCAAUGCUCAAAUCUCCCGAGCCCUCGUUUGGCUUGCUUUCGUUCGCUCCUUCUCCCUUUAUGUAACAUUUUCAAUUAGCAUUAUUGGAAUUGGCUGAAUAUACAAGCGUAGUCUUAGAUCAGUGCGGUAUUAUACUUGUUGCCUAGCAACGCAGAGUGAGUUUUGAAAGCCUUUUGUAUCAGUCAUCGUGGUCAUAAGCCGUGUCCUUAACAUUUCUGUUACCUUGAAAACUAGAUAGUUGAGGUCUUCCUUGUUGCUAUGACAACUGUAGAAUGAACGGCUCCCUUAAUAAUUUGAUCGUGCACAACCAGUCAGUGAGACUAUCGUCGGUUAAUAUUUUACCCAAUGAGGUUACUUGUUUUCAUCACAACGCAUUAUUUCCAUGGUCUAUAUUUAUAUCUAUAUACUAGCUGAACUGUUAUAUUAUAAGGAGGUGCGGUCAGGCGAGCCAGAACACGAGGUAGUACGGUGUUGAGCGUUGCUCAUAGCAGCGCUCUAAGGCCUCUAGAUAAGAAUAACCCUAGCCGCAGUGGAAUCCGAUUCUAGAAGUCUCGUCACAGUUUAUGAUAAAAGCUAAAAUCACAAGGGAUGCUUUGUAUAUUACGUAAUACCCCUAGCAACACACGGGACAAUGCCUAAAGGCCGGUUUAGACGGUACGAUUUUCGCCCACAACUAUCGUAUACAACAUGCUCGCGCAUUCCUACAACUCGAGUCGUAGCGUGUAAAUCAAGCCUACAACUCGCCUACGACAGACGCGAGCGUGUUGUAUACGAUAGUCGUUGGCGAAAAUCGUACCGUCUAAACCGGCCUCAACAAAACUCCAUCGGAGCACAGAUAUUUACAUAUCUAUAUAUAUAUAAGUAUAUAUAUAUACACUUGAUUGCAGAAAGGUUGUAGUAUACAUUUAUACAUAUAUCUAAUGAGAUGCAAGAUAUCAAAUGAGAUUCAGAAUGUAAAACAUGCUUAAAUACGAUUGCUUAGCCACUGAAUUUUGUGGAAAACACUCUUUUAGCUUGACUUUUUCCAAUACUUAUGUCUCUGAUACAACAGAAGAUAAAUAAGACCAAAUAAGUUACUUUUACGUUCUGCACCUCAUUUGAUAUCUUGCAUCUCAUUCAUAUGUGUAUAAAUGUAUACUACAACAUUUUUGCAAUCAAGUGUAUGUAAUAUAUAUAUAUAUAUGAUAAAUAUAUAUAUAUUGAUACUGGAAUGACCUAAUGAGCUUAGUAUAACUUAAGAAUGAACUGCUAGAAUGGAUUGAAUAUGAAGAGGAUCGGCCGAUUUUACGUGAUUGUCCACAUCGAAGUUACGGAUAACAAAACUAAUUUUUCUUUUAAUUUUUUUGUUUUUCGAGUUUGAAUUAGCUGUCGGCUGUGGAAAGAGGCGGGGUUGGAAGACGAUGAGUUGUAAUUUUAUUCCUGGAGCCUGCGCUCCUAUUGUUCAGCGAAGGCUUUGGGAGCAAAAUUUUUUGGGUGGGGUGGGGAUGAGAGCAACAAUCCACAUGUGACCAGUGUAUUGAAGUUUGUUCAUCGCUCUAGACGACUGUUAUGGUUUAGCGGUGUUUGUGUUUGAUGUUUCUAGUUGAUUGACGCGUACCAAUGAAAUUGGCGUUGAUUCUCUCUAUACCAGUGACGUAACAUCUCAUUUGGACAAUCACGUAAAACCGGUAAUUCUAGGUUUUGUGGGUUCCCAAAGUAUGGGAAAAAAAGAGGGAGGGGAGGGAUUGAAGUAAUUGUAAGGUGUUCCCAUGGAAACCGUGUGCUUCUGUCAGUCACUUGAUUCAAGUGGGUAUUUUUGUAAAAGUACCACGGCGUGUUGCCCAUGCGCGUGGUCGUCAAGUCGGGAGGGGGGGAGGGAGGGGAGGGUGGGGGAGAAGUCACCAGGCCAUCCCAUGAUCUCAUUACCAUGACGACUGCCCUUUGGAAGUGUGAAUAAGUACAUAUAAUUAUUUAGAUUUAUAUUAUAAACAUGGAAAGACAUUUUAACACCCUCUAGUAAGAAUACAACUAUAGCAUAGAUCAGACAAUAAGACAUCUCUUAGAAAUCUAAGGUCCUUCGAGGAAUAUUUCGGAUUUUUUUCCCAUUAUCUUGGAAAAUUCUUACUUAUAAUAAAUGUUUGAAUAAUUCCACCAGAGGCACAUAAGAAAAAGGGUGGAAUUGUUCAAUAGUUAAGAAGAAAAGAAUAUUGGCCAACCAAGGUUUUUCCAAGAACAAAAUUGUUUUCUUUUUUAUUCCCUUCUCAAGCUCCCUUUCAAGAAAUGCUCGUCUACUUAAAAGUUACUGUACAAAGUCCGACGUUAAAAUUUGUGAUGUGUCUAUAGAAAAAAACCAAAACAGAUUCAGAAUAGGUGAGAGUUUUACUUGUUUUUUGUUUUGUUCUAAGUGGAGUAGUAGUGAUCGUAGAAUAGAUAUCGUAUGUUAGAAUACGAAAAUGCCAUGAAAAAUCUCAACCAAGAGAGUUAGGAAUCUCGCAUCCUUACUUUCCAUUAAUUAUUACCGUUGUUGUACGAGAGAGUUUAGUUGUGACCCGAAAAAUCGAGCAAAACUAAAUAUCGUACAGCUCUGAUGCCCUGCUAUCGUGUACAUUGAAUACCUAAAAUUCCUUCGUUUUUCUGACAAAUAGUCAUGUCUGUGUAAAGUAUUGAUAAGGAAACAAAAUAAUAGUUUAUAGACUCAGAAAAAAAUGUGAACAAAGUUUUCGCAGAAUAUCUAUCACCAAUCCCGUGUAUGGAGCAGGAAAACUAUUCCCCCCACCCCCUCCCCCAACAAAUCAGUGAUUAAUUGACAUCAAUUAACUAACUAUGUAAAGCUCGAAGCCGAAAAGCUGUCGUAAGUUUUAUGUCAAAAUAAACCAUUACUCGAUAG